AUGUAUGGAUCUGGAAAAAGAAAAAGAAAAACUAUAAAAAGGCACCUCAUUAAAAAAUCGACUAUUUUGCUUCAAAGCGACGAAAAAACAAAGCUAAUUCAAUCUAGUAUUUUAAGAUCUGAAGAAGUUUCAUACAAUCCUAUUGCUUCUUUAGAUAAUCCAUCAACUAUUGAAUUUGUCUCAUUAGGUCAUGGUGAUACAUACAGAGAUUUAUCUUCUACAUAUCUUAGAUUAAAGGUAAAAAUUGUUAAAAAAGCUGGAAACUAUUGGAAUAACGACAAAGGUGCGGACGGAAAAACAUUGCCCCAACCAAGUGUAGUGAAUAAUCUUCUACACUCAAUAUUAAAACAAGCAUACAUUGAAUCAUUAUUAAAUUAUGGUACGGAUGCCGCUACUACUCAUUUAGAGUGUGCUGUAUGGUGUUUAGAUAAACCAAACAUAGCAAAACCAGAUAAUAAUGGAUCAAAAGAACGUCAAAAACUUUACCACAACAGCAAUAUCGCAGAGCUAAUGGGCGACGCUGAUGAAUCUCAGUUAAAAAUUUUGGAAGCUACAUUAUUUAUGAAGCACGUAACAAUAAACCCAAGUGUGCUACUAACCCAUAAUGCUGUUCUAGAAAAAUCUAAUGCCAAGUACAAUUACAAGCAUGUUGAAGUAAAAAGUUUUACAAUUCCUCCUAAUACAUCAACUAUUUCACUUGAUAAUGUCUGCAUUGGUCAAUUACCCAACACCAUAUUUUUUUGCCUUACAGAAAAUGUUGGCUACUCUGGAAAAAGAUCAAAAGAUCCAUAUAAUUUUCGACAUUUUGAUAUGUCCCAGUUUGUAUUGUAUGUAAAUGGUGUACAAGUACCAAACACAGCAAUUGAAACAAGUUUUUCAGAUGAAAAUAAUUGUCAUACUCGUGCAUACCAUAUACUUUUUUCUGGUACAGGAAUUUAUCAUAAUGACAAAGGACAUCAAAUAUCAAAAUCUAUGUUUAGUAGUGGAUUUUUCAUCUUGGCUUUCGAUUUGACACCAGAUGCAUCAGGAAAUGAGAUAUGUCAGGGUCUAUUUAAUCAAGGUACAAUUAGAAUUGAGGCAAGGUUAUCUAAAGCGCAAUCAUCUGUAUUGACUGCUAUUGUCUAUGGAGAAUUUGAUGCAAGUGUUGAAAUUGACAAAAAUAGAAAUAUUUUCACAAACCUAUAA